GAAAGAACAAGCUACAAUUGUUUCCAUGGAAACAUAAGGUGGUGGGUUUGCAGUGACUAAUAAAACAGUAAACAAAUGUUAUAGUGGGUAAUCGGUUAGGGAGAGAAAAGACCAACGGUUUCCGGCUAAGGUCUGGGACUUUGUCACAACAUCUAUAGAUAAAUUGGCCAUCUUAUGGAAGGUUUGAUAUUGCUUACAUAUCUACACAUCCUCCGCAGUGCUCAAAAUUGCUAGUUUUUAGUGCCGUUUCGGUUAGGGAGAGAUUUGAAGAAAAUCUAACGGCUAAGGUCUAAAAAUUACACAGAGUAAGCUUGAAUAAAUUGUCUAACUUUUGAUAAGAAAAACUUGUCCAGAAAAACUUUAUUUCCGGAGAUAAUUAAUUUUAUGUACAAUCAACCAGUUUUCAUGACAUCACGGUCCAAAACCGCGAGUAUGUGACGUUUGUGUCACGUCGUACGCGGUAACCUCGUGUUACUUUGGUGCGAAACCAGAUUGUAGUAUAGAAAGCUAGAAAGAAUGGAAGUACUGCUUGCUACUUUUUUGUCUAUUAUCAAAGGCGUUCGAUUUUAUGACGUUGCUGUAUCUGCUGUGGGUGGUGGUGGGAGGGUAGUGCUCUAUCUAGAGACCAACAACCGUGACCCCAACUGUGUGGCAGUCUACCUUCGGUCCUCAUAUGUCAGUGAAAAGUUGGGUCACCUCGCUAGGGAAGAUGCUGCUUACCUAGCUCCCCUGCUACGAUCAGGCUUGUUUGCAACAGGCGUUAUUACUGGAGCUGUGUACAGUCAGGGCGGAAAUCGGAGAUGGUCUUCUUCUGUGUGUGAUGUGCGUGUGUCUGUGUUUGGUCAGCCAGACAGUCUGAGGACUGUGCGAGAGAGGCUGUUUACACUGCGUGGAGUCCAGUUGGUCACUCCAUCACCUCAGCAGUCUCCACCGUGUCCUCCUACUGUGACCAUAUCAGAAUGUGACAGAAGAGAAUCUUUUGCUGAAUAUCAGAGACUAGACGAUGACAAACAAUUUACAGAACCUCCAUCCCCUAAGCGCCGACGUAUAGACCCUGACAGUGACAUUAAGAGACUUGACAGUGACGUAAUCAUUGUUCCCCCCCCCCUAGACCAGACUCUACAGACAGUGACGUACUUAUUGAUUCCUCCCCUAGACUAGACUCUACUGACAGUGACGUUACGAGACUUAACAGUGACGUACUUAUUAUUGAUUCCUCCCCUAGACUAGACUCUACUGACAAUGACGCUACAACACUUAACAGUGACAUACUUAUUGUUUCCCCCCCUCGGCCACGACAAACUGAUACAACUAAUUCUGACGCAACAGAGUCCAGUCCCUUCCAGAUCCGUUGUCUGUACAUGGAAGUAAUGGUGUAGUUGCAAACAUAAUUAUUUUUGUUGCUGCGUUAUAAUUAUAUUAAAAAUGUGAUCAGUCCUUACUACCUACUCUUCUAUGUGACUUGUAUAACUUUACAAUACUAUCUACAUUUUCUGUUGUAUAUCCCUCUCUAUAUGCUGUUUCAUAGUCCUUGCUCUUUUGAAAGAAUUUUUUAAUCAUGUCUUUUGUUGCUGUGUCCAGUCCUAUGGGUACUAUUUUUCUUAGUCGUACAAUACUUCCAUUUGCAUGUGCUCGUGUGUAUUUUUUGGCCUCGCACCAGCAUCUCUCAAUGGGAUUUAGUUCACAGUGAAACUUUGGUAUGUACACACAUUUAUGUCCUUUACUUUCAAUUAGUUCGCUCAAUAUCGGUUUACUACUUUUAAAAUCUUCGUAUGUUUUUAAUCUUGCCGUCAUGUCUCUAGCCACCAUUCCUUGCGUACAGACUCCCCUCUCCUCUAAUACCAUCUUCAUUCCUUUAGGCGUCCCGUUCGGAAGAUUCAUCUCCUGAACCUCACCAUUAUAGAAAGUUGGUCUCAUUACUGGCUGUUUGCCUCCCGGGUUUACGUUCAUUGCAUCUGCGUUGAGUGCAUCGUUUGCCUUCUUCAUGUGAGAUGGUGCGUUGUCAAAUAUAAAUAGUGCUGUAGUGUUAGGUUUUAUAGAUUUCUUGACUUGUUCUAUCAUAUGUUGAUGCUCAAGAUAUUCUCUCGCUUCUUCUCUAUUGUGUCGUAAAUAUCCAUCAACCUCAUCAAUGAAGUCCGAAACCAUUAAUGCCUGCCCCAGUGACUUCUGUUUUAGUAAUUGCAUUCCUUCGUCAGCCCAGUGGAAGGACUGAUCAGCAUUGGCAAAAAAAGUUGACUCAUCAUGGAAUAUUCGAACUAUUGGCCGCUCAUUACUCAAUGGUGUGCUUCUGUCGAAGGUUAUUAGACGUGGAUCCAAUUCUUCCAUUAAGGUGCAAUCAUUUUUUCGUGCUUCAACAACGUCCUCUCGAUUGUUUCCAUCGAAGUACGCCCCUUUGCUAAACUGUUUAUAUGAAAAUCCCAGUUUUCGCAACCAUGUUGAUGCUGUUUGCUCACUAACUUUGAUGUUUUGAUCUUCCUCGAUCCACUCACAAAAAUUGUGUCAAAGUCAAAUUCGGCUCACCCUUCCUGUACCCAUUCUGCCGGACAUAUUUAGUGGCCUUAAUACAAAAUUGCUCGUCGUUUAUGAGUGACAUGACCUUUGAAUGACAACCCCUUUUGGAGGACAGUACUUCUACAAGAUCGUCUUCGUCUACAUCCUCAACACAAGAGACAUUCCCAAAUAAAUCGAAUACAUUCGUUGCCCAUCUCCUUAUUACUUCAGCACUAAAUCCUGAGAACUUGCAUGCUACUCUAGUAGCCUCAAUGAUGCCCAUUUUAUCGGUGGUUAUACAUUGCCCAAAUAUUACUAGUGCAAAUGCUUUCUGCACUUCAAGUGUGGUGUUUUUGUCGAUAUACUGUUCGAGUCUUCUGCCACCUUCUUUAUAUACACCGCGCUUCAUUGACCUCAGAUUGCUGCAGUCCGCCUCUGCAGUACUUACUCGGGUCACCUGCUGCUUAAAGGUGUGUCGUACUUCAUUGGCCUUAGUAGACUCUGCGCACUUAAGGCCCGGGUCCAGAUUUCAACACCAAAAUUUACACUAUGUUCAUACUGCUGUAUUAUUUGCAAUAUACAGUGUAUGCUGCAUCAAAAUGAUCCAAAAUGAAGCUCAAUGUUUUAUUUUUCCAAAAAACUAAUUAGCUUAAUUCAAUUAUGCUAAUUAGUCCCAUAAAUGGUGAUGACGUCAUGGCACUUUCAGAGAGAGAAGUGCAAAUACGGUGUUGAAGAUGCCAAGAUCAAGCUUCAAAAACAAGGCUAGAUGAACAUCUCAUAGCUAGGUACUAGUAUCCUUGAUGGGAAGAGUAGGAGUUAUUGUAUUCUUGAGAUACACAAAAUAGCCUACCUCUAGAGUGGCUGUCAGAGCUAAAGAAGCUAGCAUAGCUAAGAAAGUUUUGGACAUUUUUACUUCCCAUCAAGGAAACAUAAUCAUAACAACAUACUCUAUCUUUUGAGGGCCUAAACAGCUACUCUUACCUUGUUUAAGUCCGCCGUAUUUGUUGCCAAAGAUAAUCUAUAAUAGUUCUAGCAGCUAGCUAAGCAAAUACAUUGACCUUAUGACGUCACAUGCAAUGAAUAACAUUAAUAAACAUUAUGAAUUUUCAUUAACACUACACGAUCUACAUGAUCUACAUAAAAUGUUGGCAAUGAAUAAAAUUAAUCUUAUCAGUGCCUGACCCAGGCCUUAACUGCGCAGAGGAAUCACCUCUUGGAGAUUUUCGUUUCAACUCCUGAGUUAUGGACACUACAGCUCGGCUACUGCAGUGCCUUUUGGCUGGUAGUUGGUUGCUGACAUCAGUCAGCUGUUGGUCAGCAGAUUGCCUCUUUCUGGGUAGAGAUUUGUCCUGAAAAGAACUGGUUGAAGUAGAACUUGCACUUGCACUUGCACUUGAUAUCAUCUUGUAUCUCCAACUGGCUUGUAUCUCCAACUGGAACUCUGUCUAGUUAUUAGAGUAAUGUGUCUGUGCUGCUUUUCUAUUUAAAUUUUCCUGUAUUGUGCAUGUGGGGGCGAGGGGCUCACGUGCAUUUUUCAGUGUUGUGACGUCUCAAAAUUUUCCAAUUUAUUGCAUACGUCA